CGUUAUCUCGCUGCUUCACGUUCAGCCCAAAAUGGCCUCCAAAAACAUUGGGAACAUUUUUCGCACAAAAUUGUUUCCUUUCAAUAUCAAGUCUUCUGUGGUGCACCAAAGUCAACGCUGUACCAUUUACAGUAGAAUUACCGAGGAUGCUGAAGAUGAAGAAUUUAAAGUUUUAAACAUUUUAAGAAACAAAGAAGAGGAUGACUUUUUCAUCAAGAAGGAAGUAGAGAAGAAACGUAACAUUACCCGAGCAGACUGUAUGCAGACUGACCAGGAUUGGACGGAUGUUUGGGCAACGAAGGCUCCAUUCCGUUACGGCUCGGUGCCUCUACCAGUCAGACAGGGUUAUAGAAAGAGAGAAAAUCGUUUAACUCCAGGAAAAUACGGCAACACAGAAUUAAUGAAGAUCCCCAACUUUCUACAUCUGACACCUCCCCAUAUCAAGAAGCACUGCCAGGCCAUUAAAAAAUUUUGCACAGAAUUUCCAGAGGAACUGAAGAAUCAAGAGAUACGAAAGGUCAAUUUUCCCAUUGAGGUCGUGACCUCUGAUUAUGUGACCUGUGGCACAUCAAUAAGAGAUUCAAGGUCACGGGAGGUCACAGUCAAUGUUAAUUUAUCUGUUUUAAAAAUGAAUGAACACACAUCCAUCAAAAUGAAGAAGCUGGCUGGAGACAAAUUUGACCAAGAAGCUCAGACAUUACAACUGAAAUCUGACAGGUGUCCACUUCGGAAACAGAAUUAUGACCUUAACAUUUACACACUGACAGCUCUGUAUUACGAGUCUAAU